AUUCCUCAACACAGGCCAUGAACAUCCUGAUUGUUUUCGUCAUUCCCUGCUACAUGGCCACCGUCGCCCGCAGCGCACCUCUGCCGGAGAGGAGCGCACUUGUUGAGGGUCAGUUUCAGGAUAUCGUGCAGAGGAGCCGCAGCCUGAUCCAAAAGAUCCUGCUCUCCAUUCCUGACACGCACAAAUCCUGCAUUCACAUAGAGACGCUACAACUCAACUCCUCAGAAAAUGCCAAGCUUGUGUUCAUGGCAUCCAACAUUGGCAUCCCCUCUGCUCCUGCACUCAGAGUUGUGUCAGAAAACUUCACUUUGGAGACCAGUUUGAGGCACAUGUCUGAUGGUCUUCAGCUGCAUCGGGCCUUGCUGAGCACUGUAUCUCUUCGGCUGGAGAACAAAGACAAAGUGAUGGGGCUAAUGGCUGACAUCAAAGACCUUGUCAUUCAGAUCAAUAAGAUGCUGAAACUGGUCCAAGCAGGGGUUGUGGUGCAGCCCUCACCAACGCCCAUGGCCUUGCAUCUACCAGGGGAAUAUGAGGUUCAGGUGGCAGCACACCUGACUCUGGUGCAGCUCCAGUCGUUUGGGCAGGACACAGUCCGCUGCCUCAGGAGUCUGGACCGCAGCAAUGAGGAGGAGACAGAGAGCUGACAAACAGCUCCGUACUGUGACUUAUUUUGGUUCAUAUGCAGAACAAACCUUAUUUUUUUUACCAUGGUAUUUAUUUAUUUAUCUGUUAAAUGAUAUUUGUUAUUUUAAAGAUCUAUUUAUAUAUUUAUUUAUGGAAUAUUUAUUUGGGGAAUUUAUUUAUGAUAACUAAACUCCGUUUCCCUCUUUUUUUUGUUCCUUUAUUUAUCAAAUAGCAAUAACUGAAAAUAAAAUCAUCAUCCUACAGUCUGACAAAAGUAUACCAUUUUAAUAAUUCAAAAGCUUUACUUACAAUUCCAUCCAUAUCUUGAGUAAUAAUGUUUAGCAAAACCGAUCUUUUAGCAACAGCUUAAUAUUUAUGAAAUUGAUCAACUUUAUUAUUAACUCAUUUUAGUGGAUUGGGUGCACAUUUAAGAUUAUUUAUACAUUCUGUAAACUUUAAAAAAAACAACUAAAUAUUUUUGUAUGAAUCUUUCUCUUCCUGUACCGUUUGUUUAUAUAUUCUGAUACUUUAAUAAAAUAUGAAUUUUCUGGAAAACAGGAAGUGUUCCUUUGUGUAUGACAAUGCAUUAUGACACAUCAAGCACCGGCAGUGGGUCACGCUGACACAUGCUCAAGAAAAUUACAUAUAAAAUUCCAGUGGGGGUAAUACUGUAAAAGAGAAGUGUAACUAAAAGUGAAAUAAUGGCCUUCGUGUCAUUAUUACUGACACUCUGCCAGACAGAUUUCCUUGAGGAAGUGUCGCAAGUGGUGUAUGACUGCCUGAUGAGCACAAGUGUUGUCACUGCUGAGGUUGGAACAAACACCCUCGUACGUAGUGUCACAUGUGUUAGCCUCACUAGCAUGUGAUCAUCAUCACAGCGGUUAAACCUCAUGUUGUCACUCCCAAAGGUGACAUAACCAUAAUAUGUUCUUAAAUA